AACAAAGAAUUGCAAUACCACUUCUUCUCAUUCUCUCUAUUAUUAUAAGUGUAUAGAAUAUGUCCCAUUAGAUAUCAUGUUCUAUAUUUUGGCCUUAUUAUAAGUGUAUUCUAUAUGUCCCUAUUUUGAGAAAGUAUAUAAGUAAUUAUGGAUCGUAGUUGGAUGAAUUCUAACCGUUUGAGUGAAAAGUAUCGUAAAGGAGUGAGCGAGUUUAUACAAUUUGCUUUUGAAAAACUUCCUGAUAAUAACGGAAAGUUUUAUUGCCCAUGUGUUAAAUGUUUGAAUAUUCCCUCGUUACAAUCCGAGUUGAUAAGAAGCCAUCUUAUUUGUCAUGGGAUUAACCAAAAUUAUACCAAAUGGAUAUGGCAUGGCGAGUCGAUAAACAUGCCAAGCACGUUAAAUACAAAUGAAGUCAAUGUAGAUAUGAAUGAUCGGCUAGAUGAUAUGAUCCGGGAUAUAGGCCCAGAGUCUUUCCAGCGAGCACAUAUGUAUGAUAAUUUAUGCAAAGAUAGAGAAGAGACUUUGUAUCCGGGGUGCACUAACUUCACACGGUUGUCUGCGGUGUUGAGAUUGUUCAACUUGAAGGCGAGAAAUGGAUGGACAGAUAAAAGCUUCACUGAAUUGCUUGAGCUUUUGAAAGAAAUGCUCCCAGAAGGUAACACAUUACCCAAUCGUAACUAUGAGGCAAAGAAGAUAUUGUGUCCAAUGGGUAUGGAGUAUAAGAAAAUACAUGCGUGCCCUAAUGAUUGUAUAUUGUAUCGAAAUGAGUUUGAAGAGUUGAAGAGGUGCCCUAGAUGUGGACUAUCACGCUACAAAGAGAAGGACAAUGAUUUCAAUUAUGAUGAAAGCAUACAACGUCCUCCUGCGAAGGUGUUAUGGUAUCUUCCAAUAAUUCCAAGGCUGAAACGAUUGUUCAAUAAUGUAAAUGAUGCAAAGAAUAUUAGAUGGCAUGCAGAUGAGAGGAAAUGUGAUGGAUACAUUCGUCAUCCAGCUGAUUCUUUACAAUGGAAGAAAGUUGAUGCUUUGUAUCCGGAAUUCGGGAAUGAGCCAAGAAACCUUAGGCUUGGACUUGCUACAGAUGGCAUGAAUCCAUAUGGGAACUUAAGUAGUAACCACAGUUCAUGGCCUGUUCUCUUAAUGAUCUACAAUCUACCUCCUUCAAUUUGCAUGAAGCGCAAAUACAUUAUGUUAUCCAUGAUGAUUUCGGGUCCAAAGCAACCGGGAAAUGACAUAGAUGUUUAUCUUAGUCCAUUGAUUGAAGACUUGAAAAUGCUUUGGGAGGAAGGUGUUGAUGUGUUUGAUGCCCAUUCUUGUAAUUAUUUUAAGUUGCGUGCAAUGUUAUUUUGCACCAUCAAUGAUUUUCCUGCAUAUGGGAACUUGUGUGGCUAUAGCGUGAAAGGGCAUAAAGCAUGUCCCAUAUGUGAAGAAAGCACUUGCUACCAACAACUGAAAAAUGGAAGGAAGACCGUUUACGUUGGGCAUCGAAAGUUUCUCAAACGAUUUCACCCAUAUCGUAGGUUGAGAAAAGCAUUUAAUGGACACCCGGAAAAUGAAUUUGCUCCAAAAGCCUUAACUGGAGAACAAGUUUAUGACAAAUUGAAAAAUGUCAAUGUUAUAUUUGGGAAGGACCAAAAACAGACCACCGAGAAAAACAUAUGGAAGAAGAGGUCUGUGUUCUUUAAUCUUCCUUAUUGGUCUAGUCUAGAUGUUAGACAUUGUAUCGAUGUAAUGCACGUUGAAAAAAAUGUGUGUGAUAGUGUAAUAGGAACGCUUCUCAACAUUCAGGGCAAAACAAAGGAUGGUUUGAAUGCUCGUCUGGAUAUGGUUGAGAUGGGUAUAAGACAACAAUUAGCUCCACAAUCAGUAGGUAAGCGAACAUAUUUACCUCCGGCAUGUCAUACUUUGUCAAAAAAUGAGAGAAAAAGCUUUUGUGAGUGUCUACACGGCAUAAAAGUUCCACAAGGCUACUCUUCAAAUGUCAAGAGUCUUGUCUCAAUGAAAGAUUUGAAAUUAGUUGGAUUGAAGUCUCAUGAUUGUCACAUAUUGAUGCAACAAUUAUUACCAGUGGCAAUUCGUGGAAUAUUGCCUAAAAAAGUUAGAGAUGUCUUAACUAGGUUAUCCUUAUUCUUCAAUGCUAUUUGCAGCAAAGUCAUUGAUCCUAAUAAAUUAGAUGAGUUGGAAAAUGAGGCUGCAAUUAUUUUGUGCCAACUAGAGAUGUAUUUUCCUCCUUCUUUUUUUGACAUAAUGGUUCACUUAAUUGUUCAUUUAGUGAGGGAGAUUAGGUUGUGUGGACCUGUUUAUUUGAGGUGGAUGUAUCCAGUUGAACGAUACAUGAAGAUUUUAAAAGGGUAUGUGAAGAAUCUACGUCGUCCCGAAGCAUCUAUUGUUGAAAGAUAUAUUGCAGAGGAAGCUAUUGAGUUUUGCUCUGACUAUAUGUCAAAAGCGGAAACAAUAGGAAUUCCUAAGUCUCGCCAUGAAGGAAGAUGUGCAGGUAAGGGUACACAAGGUUUAAAACUUAAGAGCAUGGGGCUUGCAGAAGUACUUCAAGCACAAUUGUAUAUAUUGAAUAACACUGAUGAGGUUCAGCCUUACCUUUCUGCUCAUAAAGUCAUUGUCAAGGGAAAAAAUUCUAGAGUGAAUGAAAAAUGGUUGAUGAAUGAGCAUAACAAGACUUUUCUAAAGUGGUUUAAAGAAACCAUUUUAAAUGAAAAUUCAGCUUCUGUUACAUUAAAAUGGAUAUCCAGGGAGCCUAACUUUGAUGUCAUAACUUGGUCUGGUUAUGAUAUCAAUAAUUUUUCAUUUUAUACAAAGACUCAGGAUGACAAAAGUACCGUACAAAAUAGUGGGGUUAUGGUCGUAGCUGAGUCCAUGCACUUUUCUAGUUCAAAAGAUAAAAAUCCAAUUAUGGCAUCCAUACCUUAUUUUGGAAUCAUUGAAGAGAUUUGGGAAGUUGAUUUCAUUAAAUUUAAAGUGCCUGUUUUCAAAUGUAAAUGGAUUGACAUAAAUAGUGGUGUCAAAACUGACGAAUUUGGUUUUACAUUAGUUGACCUUGAAAAGGCAGUUUAUACGGACGAGCCCUUCAUUAUGGCAUCUCAAGCAAAACAAGUGUUUUAUGUUCGUGAUCCUUCUAACAAAAAGUGGUCAGUGGUUCUUCAAGGUAAAAAUAUGCACGAGUCUAAUGAGAGUCUAGAUUCAACCCUAGGUAUUUUUGAGAGUCCUUUCUCUCAAAGGAUUCCUACUUCUAGUGAGGAAACUAUAACGGACGAUGUGUAUGCAACUCGUGAUGAUCAUGAAGAAGGGAUAUGGGAAAAUGUCUAA